UCUGGGGCAACACGCCGCUCCACCUGGCGGCUGCCAACGGCCACCACAACUGCCUGUCCUUCCUGGUGGCUUUCGGUGCCAACGUGUGGUGUCUGGACAACGACUACCACACUCCGCUGGACAUGGCCGCCGCCAAGGGACACAUGGACUGCGUCCGCUACCUGGACUCCAUCGCUGCCAAGCAGAUCACCCUCAACCCCAAGCUGGUCGGCAAACUCAAGGACCGGGCGUUUCGCGCCGCGGAGCGCCGGAUCAAAGACUGCGCCAAGCUGCAGAGGAAGCACCGCGAGCGCAUGGAAAGGAAGUUCGUGAAGGAGUCGGCGGCGCUCGACAACCUGGACGCCAUCAGCUUCUCCAGCUACACCAGCGGCAGCACGCUGAGCCGGAAGUUCAACACCGUCACCUCCAACAUGCCAUACUCACAGGCCACGCUGCAGUCCACCGCCAAGGGCAAGGCCAAGAUCCAGAAGAAGCUGGAGAAGAAGAAGCAGGUCGAUGGAACGUUUAAGAUCUACGAGGACGGGAGGAAGAGCGUGCGCUCGCUGUCCGGCCUGCAGCUCGGCAAUGACGUCAUGUUCCUCAAACAGGGCACCUACGCCAACCCGAGGGAGCGCUCCCGCCUCAACAUCCGCGACAUGUUCCCCCGCGACGACGACGACGCCGACACCGUCUCCCGUGCCAUGAGCGACCCGGGCCUCCACGAGGCCGCGUACUCGGAGAUCAGCGCCGACUCCGGGCGCGACUCCCUGUUCACGCGGCCCGGGCUCGGCACCAUGGUGUUCAGGAGGAACUACAUGAGCUCUGGUAUGUUUGGGGUCGGGGGACGGGAUGAAGGGAGCGUGGCGGGGAGCGAACCCGUGGGCCGGGCGCCGAACGUUCGUCUGCGAGGUCAUCUGCCUCGACGCUCGCCGAGCUUCGAUGAGGACAGUAUCGGCAGCGCGUUGAGCCUGCAGGAGAGAAACCUGCAGGAGCUGCCCUGGGAGGAGACGGACGUUGGACUGGACGAGGACCUGGAGCCGGAGAACAGUCCUCUGGAGACGUUCCUGGCGUCUCAGAGCCUCAGCGAGUUCAUGGCGAUCUUCAGGAGGGAGAAGAUCGACCUGGAGGCUCUGCUGCUCUGUUCAGAUCAGGACCUCAACAGCAUCCACAUCCCUCUGGGACCCAGGAAGAAACUUCUGGACGCCUGUAAGAGACGUCUGGACACCAUCGAUGAACCAGACGCCAUCGAAGACACCGAGCUCUGAAGGAUAAACACACAGUGAAGAUAAUCUGCAGACUUGAUUCGGGCUCCGUGCGCCGUUAUUAAUGUUAGAAAACGCGGAGAGUGAAGGCUGGAGAAGAAGUUGUAAACAUUUUUUUGAGGCUUUGCCACAUAAACAAACACACGGACACACAGAGCGCUCUGUUUGUACGGAUCCUCUUCCACCGAAAUCUAACCCACGUGUUAUCUUUGCAUACUGUAUUAAUUCAUGUCUCAUUGAAUGAUUCAUGCAUCAGUGAAUGUACUUAACCCUUUAAAUAUUUUGUUUAUGAUGUCUGUAUUGUACAGUUUUCUUAGUUUAAAGGUGUAUUUGACAGCACGGCUGGUGCACAGCGCUGACCGACUCUUUGUGGUUUAUUUAUGGAUGAAAACAGCCGCAGACUGACGGUUUCUCUGCAAACACAGUUUCAGCGGUAAAACAAAGGUGUGUGAGGCUGUGUGAGUGUGUGCGCGGUAACACUGGUCUCAGGUUGCUGCGGGGCCGAUCUGGUUUCUCUGAAGGUCCGUCCGUCUGUCUCACCUGAGAGGACGACUGUGCAUGAAUGUCCCUUUAAUGUUGCGUAAAAAUCUUUUUUUUUAUUAUCUGAAGAUGUACC